CAAAUAUAUAUAAAUAUAGACAGGUUGUUGUAGAAAUAAUAGUUAAUCCAUAUCUGCAACCUUAGGAAAACUGCUGUAGCUUCCAAUGGAGGGAUUGGGGAUACAGAACUCUGGUGGUGGGAAUGGUACGGAGUUGUGCCCCUGUUAUCUUGUAAUUUUGUAAAUCAAUAUUAAAUCCCUAAUAAAAUUUUUAAAAAAUAGGAAAAUUACUUCAAGAAGGAAGCCUGACAUUUUUUUUUUCUUCCCCAUCAAGACUGCCUUUUCUAGAUCCUCAGAAUAGUUACAGCGUGAAGACCAAAGAAAGCUGAAUAAACUUGAAGAUUGUUGGCAGACCUUUACACAGCUGGACUGCAGAGACCAUAAACAUUGAGUUACACAUGAUGUGGCUGGUGGGCAGAUUGUAGAUAGCAUAACGGCUAUGCAAAGAGACUCUCAUGCCUGAGGCUUCAAGUCCCAGGUUCAAUCCCGUGCACUACCAUAAACCAGAGCUGAGCAGUGCUCUGCUUAAAAAAAAAACAAAACAUGCAGAUGAUGUGGCUGGUGACUCAGUCACAGUUCUGCCCCUUGGGUCUAGGUGCUACUAAUUUGUUGGCAACACCACAGGCUGCUGUGACCUGGGCCAGGGUGGAGAAGGGCAGCACAUCAGGUGAUAUGGCCACACUGCAGUAUAUCAAAGCAGUGUUAAGGGACCCACUGACAUGCAGUUCUGCAGGGGAACUACAGGAAUCCUAGGGAAAAGGGAGGAGAGAGAGAGAGAGAGAUCAUUGUUACAUGGUUCAAGCUAGGAAGAAAAUGCUAUUAAAUCCUGUUUCCUGGCCCAACUCCUAGCAUAGCUAAUACUUGGAAGUGUCUAGUUUCCUGGAUUGCUUCCUUCUUAUUUAUUUUUUUUCCCCCUCUCAUAGGCAGCUGAUGCCUGGGUAUUCAGUUUUCUUUUGCCCCUUAGUUUCAGAUGGCCAAAAGGCCCACUGUGGCCCCUGCUCAUGAUUCAGACUGAAAUAGUGGCCUGCUUUGCAUGCCAGUUCAAGGACUUUUCAGUUCUUGUUUCUUUGAAAAGGCCUUGCCAGGGAAGCAGUAUGAAAUGUCAGGUUCCGGUCUGGUAUUCCCCCCUUACCUUCAACCUUGUAGUUUGACUCUUGUGGAGUUCCCUGUCAUCCCAGAAUCCCUGCAUGUUAAUGGACUUGGCUAAAUCAGAAAUGGCUGCAUGAUGUAAGAUGUCACAACCAUCUGAGAUCACUUUUUCACUUUACAUCACCUCCUAUAAACAGAUGGAAUCCACACUGAUGAACCCAACCCAUUCCCUCUUAGUAUAUACUUGUUAGAGGUUCAGAGUUACAGAGAAAUUAUCAAUUUCUUUCUAUCUAAUAACAAAAGACAUCUAUCAAUUUUUACAGUUAUCUGUUAUAGAGACUCACAAGUUUGAGGGUUGGCUGGUCCUUAUUCAUAUCUUACCUAGCCCUGUUCUAAGACCCUGAGUUUAGGCUUUCUUUUCCUGUCUUGGGCACAAGGCAUGACUCUACAUCACAUUUUCAAUGACCUCCUUGCUCUUAAGUCUUCUAAAUACAAGAAUACUUAAAUUUUUAUCAGCCCUCUGGGGCUUAAAUUCAAGGUCGUAAGGAUGACAUUGGGAAUUUAAACUUGGAAAUUAUAAAAGUAUGAAAAUUCUCAAGACAUUAGUACUUUUGCUAGGGCUACCUAUGUCAACUUUUAUGGCUAUUGGAGAUGAUCAGAGAUGGUUAAUAAAACUUUCAGAAAUAGAUUUUUUUUUUUUUUUAGUAAAACUAUUCUUUCAUCCUUUGCUUUAUGAAGAAUAGCCACUUUCCAGAUAUCUGUAUAUAUGCUUAAAAUUCUCUAUAUUCUGAAAGCCCUUUUCUGAAUGUUCUGAACAAAUGAUCCAGGUAAGUUAAGAGUUGAAAAUCAAGGAUCCAAAGUAAUUAGUCAAAAUAGAUCAAGAACUCUGCUGGAAAAAAAAAGAAAAAAGAACUUGAGCAGCUCAUAAAAGGGGAAAUAAUAUCGGGCUAAAAGACACGUGGGAAAAUGUUCAGCUUCACUAGCAACAAAAAUGCAAAUUAAAAAACCAGGUACCUUUUUUUCAACUGUAAAGCAUGCAAAAGUGUAUAUAUAUAUAUAUAUGGAGAGAGAGAGAGAGAGAGAGAGAGAAUCUCCAGGGCUGUUGAAGUGUGGUGCAUAGGUAUUCUCGCAUCUGGCUAGUGAUACUAUAAACUGAUAUACUCUUAGGGAAACAAUCCAAUGAUGCAUGUCAAUUAUAAUCCUGUUAAAUUAUGCUAAGAAAUUUAUCCAAAAUUUAUACAGAAAUUCUUCACAAAAGUACAGUAUUAUUUAUAAGACAGAAAAAAAUGGAACCAAUUUAGUUGUCAAAAAUGGGAAACUAGUUAAACAAAUUUAAUUACAUAUUCUUAAAGUAAAACAUUAGUGCUAUGAUUAGUAAAGACAUUUUGUAAAGUUUCUAGUAAUGGGGGAAAUGCUUUUACUUCAAUGAUAAGCAAGAAAAAGCAAAUAAAACAUUGGAUACACAUUAUACUCUCAGAUGUUAAAAACAAUAUACUAAUUUAUUAGCAGUGCUUAUCUUGGAGUCUUGGAAUCACUGGUCAUUUUUUUUCUUCCUUGUUCUCUCUCUCUCUCUCUCUCUUUUUUUUGUCAUCACUGGGGCUUCACCUCUCCAGGUUGAUUUCUUUAGAUAAAGUCAGAGAAAGAGAGGAAAGGACACCACAGCACUGAAGCUUCCUCUAGUGUGGUGGGGGCCAGGCUCAAAGCUCUGUCUUGCCAGUAACAGAAAGUGCACUAUCCAGAUUGCUGCUCAGCUCUGGCCUUUAGUGGCGCUGGGGAUGGAACGGCGAUCAGACUGAAUGUUGACUCCUUCAGGACUAGCCAUGGAGAAAGAAUCUUGGUGCAUAGUGAGAAGCAUGGAAGCGAGGCUACACACAAAGUGGGUCUGGCACAAACAAAACAAAGCCUUGUACAAAGAAUUUAGCAACUACAAUGACACCUCAGAUGACCCGGAUAUUGAGACCCCCAUUUGCUCCAUGGUUGAGGGACCCCUGCUGUCUUCCUUCAAGGCUGUGUUUAUCCCCGUGGCCUAUGGUCUCAUCUUCCUUCUGGGAAUGAUGGGCAACAUCCUGGUACUGGUGAUUCUAGAGCGGCACCGGCAGACACGCAGCUCCACCGAGACCUUCCUCUUCCAUCUGGCAGUGGCCGACCUCCUCCUGGUCUUCAUCCUGCCCUUUGCUGUGGCCGAGGGCUGUGUGGGCUGGGUGCUGGGCACUUUCCUCUGCAAAACUGUGAUUGCUUUGCACAAGAUCAACUUUUACUGCAGCAGCCUGCUCUUGGCCUGCAUUGCUGUGGACCGCUACCUGGCCAUCGUCCACGCUGUCCACGCCUACCGCCACCGCCGCCUCCUCUCCAUCCAUAUCACCUGUGCCACCAUCUGGCUAGCAGGCUUCUUCUUCGCCUUGCCAGAGAUCCUCUUUGCCAAGGUCAGCCAGCCCCAUCACAAUGAUUCUCUGCCACACUGCACCUUCUCCCAAGAGAGCCAAGCGGAAACCAACGCCUGGUUCACCUCCCGCUUCCUCUACCAUGUUGGGGGGUUCUUGCUGCCCUUGCUGGUGAUGUGCUGGUGCUAUGUUGGAGUGGUACACAGACUGUGCCAGGCCCAGCGGCGCCCCCAGAGGCAGAAGGCAGUCAGAGUAGCCAUCCUAGUGACAAGUGUCUUCUUUAUCUGCUGGUCACCCUACCACAUUGUCAUCUUCCUGGACACCCUUUCCAGGCUGAAGACCAUGGGCAACAGCUGUGACAUGAACGGCUACCUCUCUGUGGCCAUCACCAUGAGCGAGUUCCUGGGCCUGGCCCACUGCUGCCUCAAUCCCAUGCUCUACACCUUUGCUGGUGUGAAGUUCCGAAAUGACCUAUCACGGCUUCUGACCAAGCUGGGCUGUGCUGGCCCUGCCUCCCUCUGCCAGCUCUUCCCUAACUGGCGCAAGAGCAGUCUCUCCGAAUCAGAGAAUGCCACAUCCCUCACCACUUUCUAGGUCCCUCUGGAGGGUGAGGGGGACACAUGUAGCGAUGCUGAAACUCUUCCAACAGGGGUUGAGAUCCUCAGAGAUGACCCUGGUCACUGCCCUCAUGGGGCAGUGAGAUGAAACAACCCCCUUUCCAGGACAUUCAUGCCAACUCUUUCCCCAACCCCAGGGCCAGGCUGGAGCCCAGGGAGGGGAAAUAAAGGACAUCUCUUCCAUCUGCAUCACCUUGCGCCAAGAGGACCCUAGCACCCAGCUCUCAUCUUAAUUAACAUCCAAAUCUCAAGAAACAAUUUCUACUCUGGCCUUGCCAGUAGAGAACAUCAAGCCACACUCAGAACGCACUCCAUCACUGUAAGAGGAUCACUGACCCGCACCUCCUCUCCUAUCCUACCUGUAUAAAGAAGCCAGAAACUGAGCAUCAGGACUGAAGGGUGAGGAUGAGGAAAGGCCAACUGGCAACAGUGUGGCUGUAACAUGUCUCAGUCAUUAGCAAACACAGACAUUCUGCCAGGCCACCAGGCCAGCAGCAUUUUGACGAAGCAGGAAACUCAGAUUUACUGGCCCCAUCCAACUGGCUACCCCUGGCUCAGAUCAAAAUGGCACAGGGCCAGCCCCAUGGCACAGGGCCCUGGGAGGUCUGCAGACUGAGGAAAAACUCCAGGAGCCCUCAGAGGCCAGCUAGUGUGCUGGAGAAAAACUAAGGCUGAGCCAGCAAUAAAGGAGCCCAACAGGGGAGAAAAUGUCUCCCUCCUCAGUCUCAAGGAAGGAAAACCAAUGCCAGAAUCUUCUCUGCACAGGGUGGAGAGUUCCAAGUUGGGUCAGGGACUGCAGGAUCCAGGGCCUUGGUGUCUGGACACUGAUGGGGAAAGGAGGCAUAAUCAUCCCUCCUCACUCCCCUCAUCAAAAGCCACACAGCCAGAGGUAGUCUCCCCUGAGCAGCAGUCAAGAGGCCCAGUCCCCAGCAGAGGGAGCACUUAGUUUAGAGAACUGAUGUAAAUCCCUGGAGAAAGGCAUAUUGAAAGACAGGCAGACAUCCUUUCAUCUCAUCCAGCCCCCCCACCUACAGGCCAAGCCCAUCCUCUCUGGGUUUCAGCAAGAGCCACAGUUCCGCUGAGAUUGGGAAGUAGAGAAGCCAGUCUGGGCAGGGAAGUCCCCAGACCCAGGAGGCCAACUCUGCCCCAAGAGGAUAGCACUCAGGUGAAACCAGAGGAAGCUCCUCCUCACUCACCCUCCCCAGGAGGGCUCUCCCUUUGCUCUCCCAUCUCUGGUCUGACUGGAGGAGAUAGCAGGGACCCCUGUGUUUGCUGAAACAACCUCUGGUUUACCCAACCCCACUCAGCUCUCCCGGAGGCCCCCACAGGGACUGCCACCAGAGCUGUGACCCAGGGGACUGGGCAUUGUUUGUGGUGAAGCCCUGGGGUGGCCCUUUCCUCCCAGAACCCACUGACAAGCUAGGUCAUGGAACUGGAGCCGGAAGCAAAAAGGCAACAGGUUGGAUUUUUAAUUUUCUCUUUUUAAUAAAAAGGCACCUAUAAAACAGGUCAAUACAGUACAGGCAGCACAGAGACCCCCGGAACAAGCCUAAAAAUUGUUUCAAAAUAAAAACCAAGAAGAUGUUUUCA